UAUUUCGGAUUUCAGCAUACAUAUCUGUGUUGUUUCCGAUUCAUCUUCUUGAGAGUAACCCUUACUUGACGGAGAGAUCCAAAAAAGAAAAGCCCACCUUUUCGUUUUAUUUUUCCUUUUUUUUCGAUUUUGAGAGGAGAAAUGACGCCCGGUGAGCGCUUGUGUGGGAAACAGCAUCAUAAGCCGCUGAGGAGGAGGGGGAAGAAGCAACGCCACCGAACCGAUGCCGCUUCCCAACUCCAAUCCAGACUACUCGCAAGAAGAAUCCGCGUCGUCUUCGACGAUCCCGACGCCACGGAGUCGAGCGACGACGAGGGGAUGAACUACUCCUGCCGAAAGAAGAGGGCGAUUCACGAGUUCUCGGUGCUUCCCACAUUCCCUUUGUCGCUCUUGCAAGCCUCGUCGGAGGAGAGCAGCGGAAGGAAACCCAAAAACUCCCGGAGGCCGAAGCUCAUAACACUCGGCUCGGUGAAUUCGACUUCCGGCACCUCCCCCGUCAAGUUUAAGGGGGUCAGGCAGCGUCCUUGGGGGAAAUGGGCGGCCGAGAUCCGUGACCCCAUCCGCGGCGUCAGGAUUUGGCUCGGCACUUACGACACCGCGGAGGCAGCCGCCGCAGCUUACGCGGCUGCUGCGCGCCGCUUUCAGUCUGAGAAGAAAAUCCUCGCCGCCGACGUGUCCUCCAACUCCACCACCACCUCCACGUCAUCCUGUGCCUCGAUGCACUCCGACGCCGUGGCUGUGGCGGCGCCCCCCUCUCCCUCAUCCGUGCUCGACAUCUCCGCAUCCGCCAUCGCGGAGUAUAGCCAGGUGUCGCCCGAGAAGACCGCCCCGGCAGGAGCAGAGCGGUGCUUCUCGGAGCUCUUGAUGGAGCAACAGCUGGCGUCCCCCUUCUCGUUGGAGUCGGCGUCCCCCUUCUCGUUGGAGUCGGCGUUCCCCUUCGAGUCGGACCCGUUUCUCGAGUCGGUGCUGCUCGACGAGGAGUUCGUGCCGCUGGAGUGCCUCCCCGUCUUUGAUGACGACAUCGUCGGCGAUGAUUUUCCCAGCCUCGAGGCCCUCAGCCAAUUGAUGGACUUCGAUCUAUGAUAGCGUGAAGAUUUUGCAGCUUAGUCCCCAGCAUCACUGCUACCAUUAUUUAUCUCAGCAAGAAAGAGAUAGAUGUGUUUUUCGAGAUUUUCGUUCAAUUUUGCUUCGUGAGUGAAGACUUCUUGGGUUUUUCCGGAGCCGUAAGAGCCGCCCCCAAGAAGAAGACUUUUCCUUGUCAUUGCAUGUUAGUCUUUUUCUCUAAAACAUAGUCUUGCUUUCGUUCGGCUA